CACGUCAUGUUGACAAGUUCCGUCAACAACCACCUUCAACCUUCCUUCAAUCCUCCGGAUCCAGGGGUGUCCCAACCUCAACCGCUUCGCAGUGGCCACCGGGAGGCGUAAACUGCAAGCAACCCGGGAGAGGCGCGAAGGGCAUUGAGAGGGACCGUGUCGAGCGUGUGUCUUGCUCGCAACUACCGAGCAAGGAGUACGUACCUUACCGUGCGUACCCAUCAACGCCCACCAACCCGAAUUCCAUUCGCUAUGGAACAACCUACGUCAGCACCCACCGCGCCCGAUGCGCCUCCCGCCUCAAACCGCCCACCAGCCCCCGGCAGGAAGCGGAGCUCGUCUGGGGCUGGUGGGCUGUUGUCCAAGCUUCCCUUCAUGCGCUCCACAGGCGAGCACCGUCCGAGAUCCCGCCGGAAUACCAUCGAGACCGACCCGGCUGCUCCGGCCCCGACACUGCCGACACCAUCCUUCAUUUCGAUCCCUGCCGACGCACCUCAGCACCACGUCCCUGCAUCCCCCACUGCGCCGGCGCCGCUGCCUCACAUACUUCAACAUCCGACGCUACAACAGACGGCGCAACAGAAAACACGACGACGUAGGGGGUCACUGCGGAAAGUUGCGUUGCUCGGACGGGGCGCCCAGCGGGAACGGCGCGAGGGACGGGGGUUAACCAUUGAUACCACACUUGACGACGGGAGUAGCGGGACACCCUACGAGAUUGUGGCUACAGACACGGGACCCGUCACAUCAAGUCCGGUGCCCAUUGACGGACGCUCCAACGCCAAUCCGAUCCCCAAGACCGGCGGGGCCGACCAACCAUACGGGCUCGGUAUCACGGACCCAGGACACCGUACCAGCAUGGACGGGCACACCUCCACCUCCGAUCCCGACGCAACACCCACCGCUGCGCUAGCACCCACCAACCUCGGAACCACAGCCUCCAGCCCGCCCAUCAGCGCCGCCGACAAGCGGCCCAGCAUAAGCUACAGCACCACCAACGACGAAGAUACCCUACACAUGGCCCGACCCAGCGCGCCCUCCCUCUCCAUCCCUCGCGCAACCACCCCCUCGCUCUCCCUCUCCUCCUCCUCCGCCAUCAGCCUCCUCCACCCGGACCGCGCCUCCCUCUCCUCCGGCUCCGAAUCCUACUACCUCACCCGGCCCGCCGGCGGCGGACUCAGCAGCGUCUCCAGCGCCAUCAGCGCGCUCCCCUCCCUCCAACGCCGCCGCAGCGCCACCGUGCAACGCGCCAAGUCCCCGCUCGGCCUCAGCUCGCUCGCGGCGCCGCUGCCGCAGGCAGACGCGGACUGGGACUACGCCGAGACGGAGUGGUGGGGCUGGAUCAUCCUGGCGGUGACCUGGACGGUGUUCGUCAUCGGCAUGGGCUCCUGCCUCGGCGUCUGGAGCUGGGCCUGGGACGUCGGCACCACCCCCUACGCGCCCCCCGAGCUGGAGGACGAUCCGACCCUGCCGAUUGUGGGCUACUACCCGGCGCUGAUGAUCUUGACGGGGGUUAUGGCCUGGGUGUGGGUGGUGGUCGCGUGGGUGGGCAUGAAGUAUUUUAGGCAUGCGCAGGUUAGUGGGGAUUGAGAAAAUAGAGGGGGUACAUAAUGGUUGGGGUCUUGGUGUUUGGGUUGCGGCUUGGGGUAAGCGGGUUGGGUUCAACGGGAAUGUAAUUUGGCGUCGGUGUGCGCUAUGCUAUGCUACUGUGGCUAUAUAUACCCCAUGAGUCGUCGCUUCUACGGGACAAUAUUAUAGACUGAUGAUGGUAUCCCCAUCCCUCGGGCUAGUACCGGCUAGGAGUAAGAAACAUGUCCGUCAACAGAUGUUAUGAGAAGUUAUUCACAAAAAGAAGGCGGAUGUUUGAAGUACCAAGACUCCUCUCUCUUAACCAAAACAAGCCUUCAACCUAGCAUAAACUAAACCUCGCAUAAAGGAAACCAUAGUCAACCAGC